GCGGAAGUGAUGGGUCAGGAACAGAGGAAAUGAGGCAGGUGCCUCAGACAGCGGCACCGAGAAGCUCAGUCGGAGGCGAUCAUCAGUUUCUGAGGUGAAUCUUCUUGUAAUAUGAUAUCUUGCAUUAAUUGGUUUUGUCUUUCAUAAAGGAAAAAUGGCAUUCAGUAAAGGCUAUCGUAUUUAUCAUAAACUGGACCCACCGCCAUUCAGUGUAAUUGUAGAAGCCAGAAACAAGGAAGAAUGUCUCAUGUUUGAAUCUGGAGCUGUGGCUGUUCUCUCAUGUGCUGAGAAAGAGGCAAUCAAGAAUAUGUACUCCAAGGUAAUGGACGCAUAUGGACUCCUAGGUGUAUUAAGGUUAAACCUUGGAGACACGUUACUGCAUUAUUUAGUACUUGUCACAGGAUGCAUGUCUGUUGGAAAAAUUCAAGAUUCUGAAGUUUUUCGUGUUACUUCCACUGAUUUGAUAUCACUAAGAACUGAUCCUUCAGAUGAGGAACGUGUCUCUGAAGUGCGCAAAGUAUUGAAUUCAGGAAACUUUUAUUUUGCUUGGUCUUCUACUGGAGUCAGUUUAGAUCUUAGUCUAAAUGCUCAUCGUAACAUGCAAGAAGAAAGCACUGAUAAUAGGUUUUUCUGGAAUCAAUCAUUGCAUUUGCAUCUGAAACAUUAUGGAGUGAAGUGUGAUGACUGGUUAUUACGACUCAUGUGUGGAGGAGUGGAGAUUAGAACUAUUUAUGCAGCUCACAAACAAGCAAAGGCUUGCAUUAUUUCUCGGCUAAGCUGUGAGAGAGCUGGGACCAGAUUUAAUGUUCGAGGAACAAAUGAUGAUGGCCAUGUAGCCAAUUUUGUUGAAACAGAGCAGGUGAUAUUUCUAGAUGAAUGUGUGUCUUCUUUUAUACAAAUUCGUGGAUCUGUUCCAUUAUUUUGGGAGCAACCUGGCUUACAGGUUGGAUCUCAUCGUGUCAGAAUGUCAAGAGGAUUUGAAGCAAACGCACCAGCCUUUGACAGGCAUUUUCAUACUCUUAAAUAUAUAUAUGGUAAGCAGAUAAUUGUGAAUCUUCUUGGUUCAAAAGAAGGGGAGCAUAUGCUUAGCAAAGCUUUUCAGAGCCACUUGAAGGCAUCUGAACAUGCUAAUGACAUCAAAAUGGUAAAUUUUGACUAUCAUCAAAUGGUGAAAGGUGGAAAAGCAGAAAAGCUGCAUGGUGUUCUUAAGCCACAGAUCCAGAAAUUCUUUGAAUGUGGAUUUUUUUAUUUUGAUGGAAAAGAAGUUAAAAGAUCACAGAGUGGCACUAUAAGAACAAACUGCUUGGAUUGUCUAGAUAGAACAAAUAGUGUGCAGGCAUUCAUUGGCUUAGAGAUGCUAACAAAACAAUUAGAAGUUUUAGGCUUAGCUGAAAAACCUCAGCUGGUUACUCGAUUCCAGGAAGUUUUUCGGUCAAUGUGGUCUGUUAAUGGUGACUCGGUCAGUAAAAUAUAUGCUGGAACUGGAGCUCUUGAAGGAAAAGCAAAGGCCGGAAAGCUGAAGGAUGGUGCACGUUCCGUGACUAGAACAAUUCAAAAUAAUUUUUUUGAUAGUUCAAAGCAGGAAGCUAUUGAUGUUUUGUUGCUGGGCAAUACCCUAAAUAGUGAUUUAGCAGACAAAGCACGGGCUCUCUUGACCACCGGCAGUUUACGUGCAUCAGCAAAAAUACUGAAGAGCAUGUGUGAGAACUUUUACAAAUAUUCAAAGCCCAAAAAAAUUCGAAUUUGUGUUGGAACAUGGAAUGUCAAUGGUGGGAAGCAAUUUCGAAGCAUUGCCUUUAGAAAUCAGACUCUGACUGACUGGAUUUUGGAUGCACCAAAGAUAGCUUGCGUCAGUGAAUUCCAAGAUCGAAAGAGCAAAUCUAUUGACAUCUUUGCUAUAGGGUUUGAAGAAAUGGUAGAGCUAAAUGCAGGAAACAUCGUGAGUGCAAGUACAACUAAUCAGAAGUUAUGGGCUGCUGAGCUGCAGAAGACAAUCUCAAGAGAUUGCAAAUAUGUUCUCUUGGCUUCAGAACAAUUGGUGGGUGUGUGCCUCUUUGUAUUCAUCAGACCUCAACAUGCCCCUUUUAUCAGGGAUGUUGCAGUAGACACUGUAAAGACUGGUAUGGGAGGAGCUACUGGUAAUAAGGGUGCAGUAGCUAUUCGAAUGUUGUUUCAUACAUCCAGUCUUUGCUUUGUAUGCAGUCACUUUGCUGCAGGGCAGUCACAAGUCAAAGAGAGAAAUGAAGAUUUUGUAGAAAUAUGUCGCAAACUGAGCUUCCCAAUGGGCAGAAUGCUGUUUUCACAUGACUAUGUAUUUUGGUGUGGUGAUUUUAAUUAUCGUAUAGAUCUUCCUAAUGAGGAAGUAAAAGAACUAAUUCGGCAGCAGAAUUGGGAUGCUCUUAUUGCAGGAGAUCAACUUGUUAAUCAGAAAAAUGCAGGGCAGAUAUUUAGAGGCUUUGUUGAGGGAAAAGUAGCUUUUGCUCCAACAUAUAAAUACGAUUUAUUUUCGGAUGACUAUGAUACCAGUGAAAAAUGUCGUACACCAGCUUGGACAGAUCGGAUACUGUGGAGAAGACGAAAAUGGCCUUUUGACCGAUCAGCGGAAGACAUGGACCUUUUGAACUCCAAUUUUGACGAUGAAAAUAAACUUCUUUACACAUGGAAUCCAGGAAGUCUUCUAUAUUACGGACGGGCAGAAUUAAAAACAUCUGACCAUAGGCCUGUUGUUGCAUUGAUUGAUAUAGAUAUUUUUGAAGUUGAUGCAGAAGAGCGACACAAUGUUUUCAAGGAAGUAAUUGGAGUUCAGGGACCUCCUGAUGGCACUAUAAUGAUUUCCAUUAAAGGAUCAUCAUUAGAAGAUAACUAUUUUGAUGAUAAUUUGAUUGAUGAACUUCUUCAAAAAUUUGCAACUUAUGGUGAAGUUAUACUUAUAAGAUUUGUAGAAGAUAAAAUGUGGGUGACAUUUUUGGAAGGCAGCUCUGCUUUAAAUGUUCUGGAUCUGAAUGGUAUUGAGGUUCUUGGGAAAACUGCUAACAUUUCUCUAAAAAACCCUUAUUGGAUUAAGAACUUAGAAGACGAAAUUAGUUUGGAGAGAGUUAAUGUUGGUCUGCCUUCAUCAACAAGUUCUACUUUGCUUUGUGAAGAUGCCGAAGUUACUGCAGACUAUGAUAUGGAAGGUGAUGUUGACGAUUAUAGUACUGAAGUAGAAGAAAUUCUCCCACAACAUCUACAGCUAGCUUCAGGCUCUAGUCUUGGAGCCUCACCUGCCUCUUCCCCUCGUUCAAGCCCCUGCCAGUCCCCUACUCCAUCAGAGGGUCUGCCUCCAACUCUUCCAUCAAGGCCAAGCAGGACACCUAAUAAGACUCCUGGACCUCCAGUGUCUUCUCAAGCAGAUUUUCAACCUAUAACUCAACUAAAAGAGUCUACUCAAGGCUUGGAACCAAAACGCCCACCUCCACCUCGACCAGGAGUGCCUCCUGCUCGCCCUGCUCCACCACAAAGGCCGCCUCCUCCAUCAGGGAGUAAGAGUCCUGCACUUGCUAGAAAAGAACUUGGAGGUUUUGGUGCUCCUCCCAGCCCUGUUGUAGCUAGGAGAGAAGAAGCUUAUAAUCAGUCUCUGCCUCCCACUGGACAAAUAAACACAGGAACAUCUGGACCCAGUACAUGUAGACCGAUUGUUCCUCCCCGAGCUGGAGUUAUUAGUGUGCCACAAAGUCAUGUGCGUCCUUCUAUAGGAAAGCAUAUGCCUGAACUCCACCCUAAGCCACCAGAAUUAACAACAGGUAAAAUUGGGUCACCUUUACUUCCUGAACCACUUAAACCACAAGGAACAGUUCCUAUUCAACCCACUUCUGUUGUAAAGAUGCAGGAGCCACUUAUACCUACGACAGCAACGUCUCAAACAGCUUCUCCAUCAAACCUGGAGGCACCACCACAGCCUCCCCCCCGCAGCAAAUCAUCCCAAAGUUUGCCUUCUGACAACAUUCCAUCACAGAAGCAAAUUAGAACAAAUGGAAUUCACGCUGUUCAGCUUGAAACACAACUAAACAAUGAUCCUUUUGAAGAUCUGUCCUUUCAAUUAUUUUCUGAAUCUAAAAUUCAGUCAGUUCAAAUGUCACCGAUUGUAUCUUUAAGUCAAAAGAAGCUGACAAACCUGCCUUCUGCAACAGACAAUUUUAAUUUCAGGAACAUAGGUACUCCACAUACACUAGCACACAGUAAAUCUGAGGUAUACAUGUCCAAUUCUCUGAAUCCAUUUGCUACCAGCACAAAUCUUUUUAAUGAAAAAAAUAUUACGACUGGAAAUCCAUUUAGAACCGCAUCUCAAGAAUUUGGAGCAACUUCACAUUGUUCAGCAGAAGGACCCACUUCUAAUCCUUUUCCAUCUCUAAAGCCUCUUAUUCAUCAGAAAGGCAAAGCUACAUUUUAUGUUGACACAUUUGAAGAUGAUUUCAGUUUGCAGAAUACAUCUUCUAUAUCUAACAAUGGAAAACAAAAAGGUUGGGUAACAUUUGAAGAGGACGAUUUAGUAUUAACCCUGAAACCAUUAGCCAAUCCCACUGAUUUAAAAAGAGCUUCUUCCCUGCAAGCAACUUCUUUUUCACUGGGCACUGAACAAAAUAUCACUGACUCAGACUUUACUGUUUACAGUGGUCAUAGCAAAAGUUCUGGACCUUUUCAUCUAUUGCCAGCAAGACCCCCUCCUGCACCCCCUAUACCAUCCAGAUCUACCAACAGCAACUCGACCACAGAUCCUUUAAUUUGUUUAGCACCUAAAACAUUACCGACACAAGAUUUUAUGGAAAGAUAAAUUAUUUAAGAUAUAAUUAUUUAAACUGGGUAGAAAGUAUUAGUUAAAAAUUAUCUAAUAGAACUGGGCAUUGAUUUAAUUUUGUAUGUGCAAUACUUUAAUCAGGUGCACUGAACAUUAAUUCUUAGGUCACUACACAAAGGUGGCAGGGUGGGGAAUCAUGCACAGAAUUAAUCCAAGUAGUGAUCUUAUUCUGUUCCUUUAAUGGACACAAUGCAAGGAAAAGUUACACUUGUUUCAAUCCCACUUUAGUUCAUAGGAAAGUAUAACAUUAAGUUUGUCUUUCAAGACCAACAAGCAUGCAUUGGUUUCUCUGAAUAUCACACAUAAGAGUUUUAAACAAUUGUUUCUUGAACAUUCUUAUAUAAGAAUUUAAAUACCAUUUUAAAUGCCCUUCUGUUAGAACUAGAACCACUUCCAGUAUCUGAUAACUGGUAUAUUUAUACGUAAGUAUUCACCAAAGAACUGUCAAAAUUUAAGAUGCCAAUUGUGUAAUAUUAAUGUCAGGAAAUAAAUAAUAGAGGUUUAUGAAGAUUUGUAGAAGUUAAUUCCCUCAACAAUUGAAAUAAUUUUAAACAAUAUAUAGUAAUAUAUUUUUCCUAUUAUUGCACAUGCUUUGUUUUGCAGACAUGAGAAAAUUUUUUGCAGUUUAUUGUUAUUCUCCUCCUGACCUUAUUCUCAUUAUAUAGCUUCCUAUUCCAGUAUGAAUGUUGCUUUCUAAGUUGAAGGAAAAUUUAUAUUCAUUUUGAUAGGAAGAUCUGUGUAAAGAAGUAAUUGGAUAGAUGGUCCAUAUAUUUCAACUUUUCCAGCUUUUUCCUUUACAAUAUAUAGAAGUAAUGUGUCUCAAAUAUGGUAUGAAUGAACAAAAAAAUGGUUUAUGUACUAUUCUGACAAGUUAAAUAUAUCACUUUCCACAGACAUACAUCAACAUUAUAGGUGAUGCCAUACUCCCAUACAUAAUGCUUUGUAAACUCGCAAUUGUCUGCCUCCAAAUUUUUUGCAACAGAUGGCACUUAAAUGUCGUAUUUUCAUGUCAUGAAGGAAAUAUAUGUCUGUUCUAUACUACUGUUAAGCAAGAUAGUCUUUUCUUAAUCAUAUUGUCACAUCUAUUUAUAUUGCUUGUUUUUUUUAAAUUUAUGAAAAUCUUUUUUGAGAAGGGCCAUGCUAAAUAUGUCUGUUCCUUUUGCUGUAUUUGCAGACUGUUAUAGUAUGCUCUGUUUACAAAAUAUUUUCCUUCUGUGGUAUCUGAGUGCAGCACCUCAUUCCAUGGAGCAGUAAAAAUAAACCAUCAUUUCAAUUUCUCUAAUACUGUUCCAAUGUAUUUAUAUAAAUCAUCUCAUAUAACACUUCUACUCAUUAAAGUACAGUUAUUAAAUACAGUAACUUCUA